AUGGGCGACCGCUCAGGCUCGACCAAGCCGUCAGUCGCGCGUUUCCAGGCGUCUCCACGCAGGGGGGGACCGUAUGAUGGCGCCGGCGGGCGCGCGGGAGGCGCGCCGAGUUAUCGGCGAGGGUGGGAGGAAGACGGCGGCCGCCGGAAGGAGCCGCUGGCGACGUGCCCGAGGCGGGGAGGGCCUGGACUGGAGAAGAGCAGCAGGGCGGCGGCGGGUGCAGACGCAGCUGACUGCGGUUUUGGUUCGCGAGCAGGACCUCGAAUCCAGCGUGCCGACAGAGGCGCGGCUGCUGUUGGAGGCCCGCAUCCUGAUCGAUGUAUUCCGUGCCUGUGGUAUUUUCAGCACGUCACAGGCUGCGGGAAGGGCCGGUCGUGCACCAGCUGCCACCACGAAGACCACAGAGAUCCGCAGAGCGAUCUCCAUCCCUCCAAGCGCUUGCAUGCGCUCGGGAGAUGUGUGCCGUGUCGGAAUCACUUCAAAGGUAUCUGUCCGCGUCGCGCGGAAGCGUGUGGAUUCUGCCACCAGGAGGAACACAGAAAGGCGCUGGGCGCCAAGGAGAGCGGCGAUGAGACUGUAGAAGUCGUCCCCCUCGCGCCGGGUGCACCGGCGCGGAGGGAUGAAGAGAGAAAGAACUCAGGCGAGAGAAGCCCGGAGGGUAGUGCCCCACAGAAGACGGAUCUCGGCGCCAGCGGCCCAGGAGGAGACGAAGAGCUCGUGAUCGCGAGUUCAGUCUCAGGGAGCGAAAAGACAGUCGCGCACGGAGAAAAGGCUGAAGCCGGACAAGAGAAGCGCGACCAGGAGACGGGGAAAAGCGACAGAAAGGGAGAGGAUCACCGCGCUGCGAAAGCCGGUGACAAAAACGCAGUUCACUACGUCCGUCAACGAGGCCAGAACGAGCCUCGCGCACACGAACGGGGCGUGUGUCGCCCCUGUUCGUUUUACUUCAUCGGUCCGCAGGGCUGCCUCAAGCGGGAGCGCUGUCCCGAUUGCCAUCACGCCGACCACGCGAAUCCACACUCGGCUGCUCAUCCCUCCAAGCUUCUGCACCUAAAGGGUCAAUGCAGGCCGUGUAUUCCGUUCAAGCGCGGCACCUGUGCCAAGUCGCCCGAGAACUGUGUGUAUUGUCACCACAGCAGCCACCUGGUUGAGGGGCAGGACACCGCGAGCCAGCAGAAGCAAGCGGAUGUCGCAGAAAGCGAAGGCCAACCUGACACGGCGGAAUUCCCUGUGCAGGACUUGGACGACGGCGAGUCCGCAGCUGGAGGCCGCGACGCCGCACACGACAGCCAGGCCGACCUCUCUGGUGGGCUGGCGGACGAGGAGACGCUCGGGGAAAGUGGCCGCGUGCAGGAAGGCGGCGUGGCUGCGUCUGUCGGCGACAGCGAAGGCGAAGAAGACUCUAGCACCCCGCAGGCCUCGAAGCGCCACUCCGUCGAUGGAGGCAUCGCGACGUUCCUGGGGGAGGCUGUGGGCGCGCAAGAACGGAAGCAAGAGGGACAGAUGGCAAACAAGGAGCAGCUCCUUGAGAGCGCGGCGGAGCCGCCGAAUGCUUUGGACCGCACGAGUCCAGGCGACGCUGAUGCCCUCGACACUGCUCGCGCUGAAACGAGCGAGGCUGAACAGUGUUUGUGA